AUGGCGUCUGAUUCGAUCCACGAGAUAGACCAGGAGAAGGCGGAGCAGCUCGGAAAGGUCGAGGGGACCAACAACGAGUUGACGCCGACCAUCUCCUUUACGGAAGCGGAUGAGAAGAGGCUCAAAUGGAAGCAGGAUCGCACCAUCAUCCCGCUGUCGGCCGCCAUCUACUUCUUGUGUUAUCUCGACCGCUCUAAUAUUGGGAACGCUCGUAUUUUGAACAUGGCAACCGGCAAUGACAUGCAGACGGAGACGCACUCAACCCAGGACCAGUUCAACGUCGCGCUGAUGAUCUUCCUCAUCGCGUACGCCCUCUUCGAGGUGCCCAGCAACAUCCUCCUCAAGAAGCUGCGCCCGUCCCGCUGGCUGGCCUUCCUCAUGUUCUCUUGGGGCGCCACCACGAUUGGGCUUGGAGGCGUGAGCUCCCCAGCUGCCAUCACCGGCGUGCGCUUCCUCCUGGGCGUGUGCGAGGCCGGCCUGUUCCCGGGGCUGGUCUACUACCUGACCUUCUGGUAUAAGUCGGACGAGCGCAGCAUCCGCGUGGCCCUGAUCCUCGCCAGCGCGACGCUCGCGGGCGCGUUCGGCGGCGCCAUCGCCUACGGCAUCGGGCACAUGAACCAGGUGGGCGGCCUGUCGGCGUGGCGCUGGUUGUUCAUCAUCGAGGGCGCGCCGUCGUGCCUGUCGGCCGUGUUCGUCUGGUUCGUCCUGCCCGACUACCCCGAGGAGUGGCUCCAGGGGCGGGACAGGGAGAUCGCGUUGUACCGCCUGCGCGUCGAGGGCAGCAAGAGCGGCCACAGCAGCAUGACCUGGCGGGAUGCUAGGGCCACGCUCGUUGACUGGAGGCUGUACGGGCACUACCUCAUCUACUUUGGCGUGUCCGUGCCCUUCAGCUCGCUGUCGCUGUUCACGCCGUCCAUCACCUCUGGCCUGGGGUAUAAGGACCUGACGGCGCAGCUGAUGACCGUCCCGCCUUACGCGGUGGCGUAUGUGGUCCAGAUCCUCGUCUCCUGGUCUGCGGAUCACUUCAACGCCCGUGGCUAUCACAGCGCCGCGCUCGCCUUCAUUGGCGCUCUCGGGUUCGUGGUAUCUGCGGCCCUGCCCCCGACGGACUACGCCAGCCGAUACGGAUGUCUCAUCAUGGCGUCUGCCGGGGCCUUCUCUUGUAUCCCGCCCAUGCUCGGGUGGUUGACCUCGAAUGUCUACUCCACGGCUUCCGUGGGGCUGGCUAUUGCGUUGAACGUCAGCUUCGGCGCCGGGAUUGGGCAGAUCCCCGGCGUGUGGAUAUACAAGGCCGAGGAGAAGCUGACUGGCUAUCCCACCGGGCACUGGACGAAUGCGGCCAUGUUGUUCGUCGUUGCGGCCGGGAGCCUUUUGAUGAGGUUCUUCUACGGGUGGAAGAAUAAGAAGCUGAUUUUGGAGAGCGGUGGACAGGAGCUCUCAUACUCGGCGCCAUUGUUGCCGUGGCGGUCAGAGAAUCCGCCGCCUCCCACUACGACGGCAAAGCCGCCCAACCCCAAUGCGUCGCCUCCACGUUCGAGGCGCUACGGCGAGGGGGCGGCCAACAUUGCGUACCCGACCAACCCGACGGCCCUGCCAGAGCUGUGCGCCGUGACCGUCCGCGUGGCGUCGUCGCCGAGCUCCAGCUACCGCUUCGGGCUCUUCCUGCCCACGUCGGGCGGGUGGAACUCCAAGUUCCUCGCCGUGGGCAACGGCGGGUUCGCGGGCGGCAUCAACUGGCUCGACAUGGGCUCGGGCCCGCGCUACGGCUUCGCCACCGUGUCGACGGACACGGGCCACAUCUCGACGCCGGGGGACCUGACGUGGGCGUUGCAGGACCCCGAGAGCCAGACCGACUGGGGCUGGCGGGCCAUGCACGGCACCGUCCAGCUGGGGAAGCGCCUGACCGAGGCGUACUACGGGGAGCGGAUCGCGUACUCGUACUACAGCGGCUGCUCCACCGGCGGGCGGCAGGGCCUGAAGGAGGUGCAGAUCUCGCCCGACAGCUUCGACGGCGUCCUGGUCGGCGCCCCGGCGUGGUACACCAGCCACCUCAACACGUGGGUCACGUGGCUGGCCAAGAACAACCUGCCCUUUGACAACCCCAAGCACAUCCCCUACACGCUCUUCCCGGCCAUCGGCGACGAGGUGGUCCGGCAGUGCGACACGGCCGACGGGGUGGCGGACGGCAUCGUCAGCGCGCCGGAGCUGUGCAAGUUCGACUUCUCGAGGAUCCAGUGCGGCCGGGCCGGGGUGAGCCGAUCGAAGUGCCUGACGGCGGCGCAAAUCGCCACGGCCAAGACCAUCUACGGCGACUACCGGGCGGGCAACGGCACGUGGCUGUACGCGGGGAUGAGCCUCGGGUCCGAGGACCAGUGGCGCAUCCUGCUGGGCGGUGACGAGCCCAGCCCGUUCGGGCUCGCGUACGAGCGCUUCUUCCUCUUCGGGGACCCGGGAUGGGACUGGCACAACUACAACGACAGCGUUGUCGACGUCGCCGCCCGCCGAGACCCGGGAGGUUGCACCGCCGCCGACUACGGCGCUGUCGCGGACUUCCGCGACCGCGGCGGGAAGCUGAUAAUGUACCACGGCGCUGCGGACGGGCUGCUGCCGGCGAGGGGGUCGACGUAUUACUAUGAGCAGACGGCUGAGGUGCUGGGCGACAACAGCAGCAGCAGCAACGGUGGUGGUGGUGGUGGUGGUGCAGAGGACGACUUCCUCCGCUACUUCGUCGUGCCCGGGAUGCAGCACUGCUGGGGCUCGGCGGUGGACGCGCCGUGGAGCUUCGGGACAGCGCUGCAGGCCGGGGCGAUGGGGACGUCGCAGUGGUCGGUGCCCGGGUUCCGGGACGAGGACCACGACGCGUUACUGGCGCUGCAGGCGUGGGUGGAGCGCGGGAGGGCCGUCGAUAGGCUCAUCGCCACGACGUGGAGGAGCUCCAUGAACCCGGCGUCGGGGGUCCUCAGGCAGAGGCCCGUCUGUCCGUACCCGCGGAAGGCGGUGUAUGAUGGGGAGGGGGACGUCGACGACGCUGAUAGUUGGGCUUGUGGGUCGUGA